UUUCUCUUUUGCCUUUCCGUUACUUAGGCUGCUUCCUGGCUGCGCGCAUCUGGCCGCAUUUAUGAACGGGAGUCGUCUUUCACUAGGACUGCACGAGAGCUGGGUACAUCUAAGCCUGAAAAGCACAAGGAUUAGCUCGGAAAUAGAAAUUAUAAAUCAGAAAGGUCAGGGAAAGACAGGAAAAGGAGUAAUUCUGACUGAUCGGCGAAACGACACGUCGGAGCACCGAGGACGAAACGUGUUAUUGCUUGGAAUCUGCAAAGAGGUCAUAAGAAGAAAAGGAAAGAGAAUACAUAGUAGCCAACCUAAAGAAGAGGUCAAACGAGUGACAGGAAAGAGGACAAGUAAGUAUAAGGUACAGGGAUACAUCAUGGGUAAGCAGAACAGCAAGCUACGUCCAGAGGUUCUCAGCGACCUGCGUGAGAAUACCAAGUUCACAGACCGCGAGCUUCAAGAGUGGUACAAGGGCUUUCUGAAGGACUGUCCGACGGGCCACCUGAAUAUGGAAGAGUUCAAAAAGAUCUACGCCAACUUCUUCCCAUACGGAGAUGCGUCCAAGUUUGCCGAGCACGUCUUCCGUACAUUCGACACCAAUCGUGAUGCCACCAUAGACUUCCGGGAGUUCAUCAUUGCCUUGAGCGUCACGUCCCGCGGUGAACUGGAGCAGAAGCUGAAAUGGGCCUUUUCUAUGUACGACCUGGAUGGGAAUGGAUACAUCAGCCGGGCAGAGAUGCUGGAGAUCGUGCAGGCCAUUUACAAGAUGGUGUCCUCUGUGAUAAAGAUGCCCGACGAUGAAUCAACGCCAGAGAAGCGGACCAACAAGAUUUUUAUGGCGAUGGACACAAAUAAGGACGGACGAUUGUCCCUGGAUGAAUUCAUCAGAGGCGCUAAGAGUGAUCCCGGCAUAGUCUCCCUGUUACAAAACGAUGUCAGCAGCGGAAGGCAGGUCUAAAGGCAGAGGAGGAAGCAGACAAGCAGGCAGAGACACAGAUCUGCCUCCUUUCCCCAUCCAAGCCCCCUCCCUUACUGUCUGAUUUAUAGGAAUUUCCACUGACACACUGCUUGUGUUCCCAGUCAUUCUCUCAGGUUUUCUUUAGUAUCAGAAAUGACCAUUGUGGUGGAGUUUAACCCUAAUCCAGCCUGUUGUGCAGUGUGUGGCUCAGUGGGUUAAGCUGGUUUGGCUGUAGUUAGAAGGUUACCAGUUCAAACCUAGCCUCAGCAUAUACAGUAUGCAGAUCCAUGAGCAAGGCCCUUAACCCCCAGCUUCCUGGGUGCCACUAUGGGUAGCUGCCCUUUGCAGGAAACUUACUCUAUUUAAAAAAAAAAAAGUUAAGGGAGGUGUAAAGACAAUUUCCCCACAGGAAUCAAUAAAGUAUCGAUUAUUAUUAUUUACUCAAUUAUCUGAUGCUUUUAUCCAAAGCAACAUACAGCAGAGGUUACAAUUUCCUGUGUCCCUGUGAUUUGAACUACUAUCCUUCUAACUAAAAUACGCUUUUCAUGAAAAUUCAAAAUGGUGCCAUAAUCUCAAGAGAUUUUUACGUACAUAUUAUUGUUUUUUAAUGCUUUCAUAAACUACUUAAAAAUGUAUUGUCAAAGUCAAACAUUUGUUACAACGUUUGACUUUUUAAAUGCUGUACAGAUAACAUUAUAUUCCUAUAAGUUUUAGCCUGUUUAAGUCUUAUAUUCCCCAUUAAAAUGAACAUCCUCUCUGUUUGCUGAGAAACACGUGAAAUUGGUGGUCGUGGAAUUAUCCAUCAACCGCAACUCUGACUGUUAAGUUUAAGAUAUAGAAGUAAUUAAAUUCAUUGACAAAUAGUGAUACUGUUUCCCUUGCUGUUGCUAUGGUGACACAAUGAAGGCAUGUCAAUUUCUUCAUUCUCUCAGUUGACAUUAUUAUCUAGCUCAGUCACUGCUUGAUCCCAGCCGGCCCGCUCUGCCCAUUUUAGGUGGGUGCGGUGAUCCUCAGCACCUGGCCUGCACAGUCACAACGUGAAAGCAGAUGUUUUUGCAAACGUCUGGACCCUCAGCCUGCGUCUAACUUCGUCGCUCUCCUGAUGGUUAUAAAAGGAGGAGGCUGAACUUGCGGUUUUGGAGGGACAAACAGAAAGUGCACUUUUCAAGCCUGAAUGAGCAGAUCUGUAGCCUGAAAGGGUCGGCUGCGUUAUUUAUGUGACGCUGAAUAAAAAUGCAUUUGUAUCAGCUCAGUGUUACGAAGCUGGAUGAGUUUAUACUGCUGGCACAUGGUUACAAUUAAAAAUGAAACUAACGCACCUGGCUGUUUCCUGCUCAUUAUUGUGGCUAAAAUAACGACCACAGAGUGCAGUGCAAAUACAUCGUAGAUGCUGGGAAACUGGCAACCUCAAGCAGCGGCUUUGAAUAGUGACAUUCAUUUAAAAUAUAUUUUACAUUUACAGAAGCUUCGGUUAAAUAUCGCGCUGCACUGGAAUAACAUGACGCAUAGAUAGUGUUUCUUGUGCUGGGAAACUCAACUCCACGCUCUCGUGUAAAAGUGAGGGUGUGGCUCACAUUCAAGGCGCAGACAUCAUACCACCAUGAAACACAAAACCCCAAAUAUCUAACAGCACGGUCAGGUCCCUUUCCUUUCCAUGAACGCUGCCAACACAUCUGCCAGCUGUCAGGCAACUGUGUAACAUAUAAUUACGUCUCUUAUUUAAUGGUACAGUAAUCCAAGAUUUUCAGAAUGCAUUUUUAGAGCUUUGUUUUGCACAAAGUACAAAUAAACAGUCACCAUGGGUAGGACAAAAUGGCUCCAGAUACUGCUGCACAAAACAUAAUCGAUCUUUCCAUUCCAUGUGUGCUUACUAACAGGGAUAAACACUGUAAAUACAACCUGCUUUGAUCCUCCUCUGAAGUUCCUUUACUACCUCCAGGUAAUAGAUGUCAGAAUUCUGGGUUUCCUCAGUCAGCUUAAUGCCAAUCAACAGCCAUGUUCUGUCUUCAUUUGGAAGUUAAUUAACAGAGCUUGAAACCAUGAGAUCUAUGGGAGGAAAUCGCCCCCCCCCCCCCGACAAUCUGGUGAAUGUUAUACCCGUUGGGAAUCUUUUUCUCAUCCUUUUUUAAAAAAAAACAGUUUAUAAAUGACACUCAGCGCUGCAAAGGGUGGUAUUGGUGAUUGAAGAGACACUUCAUUCGAGGUUCAACAUUUUAUUUGUCACAUGCGCAGUUAGACUUGCACAACCUGCAGUGGAAUGAAAAUCGCUCCUGAGACUAGCAAAUAGAGAGUACAGGUGAAUAAUGGUUACAUGGUCAGGCACCGCAUCACAAUAAAUACAAUGGUGACCCCAUAAAAGUACAUCAGAGCUGACAAAUUCCUAUCGCCUAGUGAUGUCAUGGCCAACGUAACAUUGUAUCGCAUUGUUCCCUGCCUUGCACCAAUAGCCCUUGGGAUAGGCUCUGGACCCCUGUGACCCCAAAUAGGAUAAGCGGUUACAGAAGAUGGAUGGAUGGAUGAAUAAUAAAUGACUAUGUUACGGGUUUAUGCAUUUACUAUAAUGUACUUUUUAUCAUUAUUUAGACUAUAGCAUAUAGAAUCAGUGUGUAGUAGGGCUAUACCAUCUAUGUUUCUGAAAGUACUGAAAUAGCCUAAUGACGCAUUUCUCAGAAUGUAUCCCCAUCGCUAAGCGACGUGUGACUGUAAAUUAAGAGCGAAGAUUGUAACCUAAAUAGAAGAAAAAUAAAAAACUAUGCAUAAAAAUACUAUCCAGAAGACAGUCUCCCUGUAUCUGAGAUGGCUACUCUGUCUUAAUAAAUAACAUAGUUCAUCUGGAUUUUUGGGAAACAAAGCAGCCUCUGUUCAUUUGUCACCUUAAAAGUCUGAGUGCAACAUUGUCCAAUAAAAUAAAAGACAAACAA